CCCUGCCCGGAUCUAAAUCAUGUUGCACAGGAAGUAGGCAUGGAGUCAUGGUGGUGUCCUUCCAUCACUAGUGUUUGCGUCUGAUGUUUCUCCUUUUUAUAUAAAUAUACAUCAAAAAAAAAAAAUUGUAGCCUUGGAAACAUUUGUCAGAAUGAUCACCAGGACGGCGUGUCAAGUUCUUCAGCGCCGCUUUGCAUCUGCCGCAGAGGCCAUGCGUCCUCCAGUUGCCGAGGUCCGCACCUGGCGCAACACCGUCUUCUCCAGAGAGCAGGCCAGGCAGAGAGCUCUGUACCCCCGCAUUGAGAAGAUAGAGGUGUCCAUGCAGGGCCCUGGGCUCGACGGUACACUGCUCAUCAUGAACAAAGGGAUGUCCACUCCUCUGAGCUGUGCCAGACACCUGACGGAGCAUCAUGUGACCAACUCAGCUCUGGCCCUGGUGGACGGGGAGCUGUGGCCUCUCCACAGGCCACUCACCCACUCCUGCUCACUCACACUGCUCACAUUUAAAGACAGUGACCCAACAUUGGUCAACCAGGCCUAUUGGCGUUCCUGUGCUGCCCUUCUGGGUCAGGUCCUGGAGACUGCGUUCAAAGACGACUUUACUGUAGAGCUGCUCACCAUUCCAGAGGUGCCAGUCACUUCAGGAGCCUUCUGCUGUGACGUGGUGCUUGACCCUCAGCUGGACUCGUGGACUCCCUCUGAGGAAUCACUGCGCUCUCUGACUCGAGGGGCCCAGCAGUUGAUCCACCAGGACCUGGUUUGGGAGCCUCUAGAGGUGGUGCCUUCUGUUGCCCUGGAGGUCUUCACUCACAGCAGGUGUAAACAGGAAGAGGUGGAACAGAAGGCAGCCCAAAAUCCCAAAGGCACAGUGAUGCUUUACAGAUGUGGUGACCAUGUGUUGUUGAGUGGGGGCCCUCUAGUGGCCAGGACAGGCAUGUGCUUCCAGUACGAGGUGACGGCCCUCCACAGCCUGGGACAGGGACCCUGCGGCCUCCACCGCCGAGCACAGGGCCUCUCCCUGCCUCUGCAGCUGCAGGCUCACCACACAGUCUGGAGGAAACUGCAGCAGCGGGCAAAGAAACCGAUGGAGCUGCCAGGACCUGGAGAAGUGACUCCACCCUCUCCUGCUCAUUCUGCUCCACCUCUGAGCAGCCAGUAACACACACACACUUUGACAUGUAUCUUACUGUUUUAUUUGUUC